AUAUUUAGUCCUUUGGACAUUAGCAUACGUUUAAUAUUUCAUGUGGAUGAAGUAACCGAACAGUGACAAAGGCAUGCGAGACUUCACCAAGUGAUUAGCAGUGGGGUUUUGGAGACUUUAACGAAGGUGAAACAAUAAGCGUAAACGCAGAGAAGUUUCUUAAGAAGCAAAUUGCCUGAAGUGUACGCGACGAGAUUGCGGUGAUAAGAGAAGGUGGAGGACCGGGGUCGCAGGAUGGAGAGCAAGCGGUGAUGGAACAGCACCCUGCCACCCCCCAGGCUGGCGCUGGUCGAUGGUGGGGGCCUUCCAGCACUCCUUCCGCCUCAACGGACGUGAUGAACCAGCUGUGUCGGGUGUGUGGAGAGCCGGCAGCGGGGUUCCACUUUGGCGCAUUCACCUGCGAGGGCUGCAAGUCUUUCUUCGGGAGGACCUAUAACAAUCUGGGGUCCAUAUCUGAGUGCAAGAACAACGGCAAGUGUGUAAUCACCAAGAAGAACCGUACGUCCUGCAAGGCCUGCAGGCUCCGCAAGUGUCUGGUCGUGGGCAUGUCCAAGAGUGGUUCCCGCUACGGGAGGAGAUCUAAUUGGUUCAAGAUCCACUGCCUGUUGCAAGAGCAGCAGCAGACGCAGUUGCCAAUGCUUCCGCCUAAGAACAAGGGAUGGGAAGGCCUUCCUUACCACGGAAAACACGUGCCGGGAAGUUUAGAUAUAGACAAUAACAACUCCACACCUCCUAAGGAUCCUCAAGAACGUGCUGUUUCUCCGAUGGUACUUCCUCCUGGCUAUGGAUCAGCGGAGACUGCUGCAGCACUUUGGGCCGCCAGGACCUCCUUGCUUCCUGUACAUCCACAUCCACCAGGACUUCCUUUUUUCCCUCCUUCAUUCCUUCAAAAUCCACCGUUUCAUCAUCCACCCCCACCGAACUUUGCACUCCUCCCAUUCAUGCCUUUAAGGCCGCCCCCUCAAGAGAAUUCUCCGGCUGUUUUAACCGAAUCCUCGAGCUCUCCUUCACCGUCGUCUACACCAGUGGACGAGAGGACCAAUACUCCAGGAACUAACUCUCCUUCAGAUACUGCAACUUUUGACAAAUCCCUCGCGGUUUUCAGGUCUUUAGGGCCUGUACAGGAAUCCCCUAUGGAUCUAUCCUGUAGAACUUCCAAAACCUCUGUGAAAACUGAGAAAGUGCCGGUUGAAUGUGAGAUUCAAGAUCAAAACAGUAAUAUAGUGAGUGUCAGUGAUGAAAAUAACCUGAAAGAAGCGUGUGAGGAAACAUCAAAGAAAAUACCUUUGGACUUAACUUGUUCUAAAACGUAGGAGUAUAGGAGCGCAGUUACCAGAAAAAUGACUAACUGAACAGUCAAAUUAUUAUAAAUUUAUUCUUCUGGCAAAAAAUUGGUUGUGCUUAGUGAAAAUAACACAGUAUAUAUUCUUUAAACAUAAUAGAAUCUUAUAAAAGAAAUACAGAACUACAAUUUUCAACAAAAAGGUUCAGCAUUUAAUUGCAAAGUAAUAAAAAUCACAUCUUAUAUUAAACUUACAUGAUAUUUUAACGAUAUAUUUUCGUUUAGAUUAUUUUUAUAAAGUUCAUAUGAAAAUAUUCAUAAUUAUAAAAUAACUAUCCAUAUAAGUUAUAACUAGCAUGAUCAAGGUAAUGUGUUUUGUUCAUUUUAACAAAGUCUAUAACCAUCGGAUCAUCUUGGGAACAAUAUAAAAAUGACGAUUAUAUUAAGAAUUUUAUAAAAAAAUUAAGCAUUACAGUUUUGCUACUAUAUAUAUUAUUUUGCAUUUUUGCAAAAUGACGUUUUAAUGGGCAUUUAAAUUAGUCUUGCAUAAUUAAUAGUAAGAAAUCAAAAGCAAAUGAAAUUGUUAGUUUUAUUUUAAUACCAAUAAAUAGAGGAAAAUUAGCUAAAGAAAAUUAAUAAAGUUAAUAAUUGUAAUAUAGUAAUGACAUAUUGUCGUUUUGUCAACAAAUAUGUUGGUGUUGUGAGAAUAUAACUUUUGUAUCAUGAAACACUAAUUUGCAAAAAACUGAAAGAUUAGAACAUUGAUAAGUUAGCAUGCUAUCUUGAAUCUAUUAUAACAUUAUAGUACUGUUAAAAUUGAAUGUAAUUCUCAUGUUAUAUGUUAAGGUAGUGUGUCACAUCAUGUGUUAGAGGUAAAUACUUCCUAGAUGAUAAAUUGGAAAUGUGAUGUAAUACUACUUUUUUAAACUCUGGGAACAAAUACUUUCGUUUAUAAAAGUUCUUAGUACACGAAUACCUUUGUGAUAUUGUAAGGAACCAAGAUAAAAGAUCGGCAGCCACAAUCACAGGCUGUGGCCCUCGUGUUGCACAAGCUGACAUACAAACAAGAGCGGUCUGUAAACAAUAAGCGCCGCUUUGGAGUUAAAUUAUACCUGCCUGAUUAGAACCAAUGCCCAAAAUUGACCCGGGGUGAAAUUAUCUCUGAACAAUAUCGUACUGGAGAACACUCGAAUAACAAUCGAUUUUACAAUCGAUUCGCACGAUACCGUCUGAGCGUUCCACGUUACUUCAGGACAAAUAGUAAAUAAUUCUGGCCUCGGUCGAACAAUAGCGUCCACUAGAGGUGCUCUACAACAGUCCAGCUGACGUUUAGUGCUCUACGUUUUGUUGUUUGGGUAUCUGGCAUUGUUCUGUUCUACAUGGGUCUAGUGAACUUCGCUCAUGUUAACAAUAGUGACGUCAUCAGAUAUAAUGACUUUUAUUACAAUGUUUUGUUAAUUUCAUAAACGUAAGAUCUGAUUCAUUAUUAUCAUAUUGGCCUUACCGUAUUUAUUGGAGGAACUAAUACGAUGUUCACUCAUAAUGACAUACAUGUUCGUGUUAAUCAAUGCGUGAAAUGAGUGGAAAACUAAAAUACUAAGGUACUCGAAUCCGUAAUUUAAUAUAUGUUUGAUCGAAAUAUAUUUUAAGCAAACCAUUUGUUUGCAUUGAGGAGAAAAUCUUUUUGAGAAAUCACAUCUAGAGAGAGUAAAAUAUCAUUGACAUUUUCAAUUAUUCGUGUGCUACAAGAAGAAAACUCAAAGUUUGGAGAACGAAUACCCUGCCUCCAGGAACAUCUAAGCUUUAUUGUUUUAACAAGUGACAAUGGGAUAUAAAUAUAUUUAAUCUUUUUACCUAUUCAAUCACCGAUUUUUGAUAGUGGUAUUUAAAAAAGGAACUGUGUAGAAAGUAGGAGAGUAUUGAGUAUCAUGUUAUAUUCCUGCUUCUUUCAAGUUAAGGCUCCACACUGCUUGUUUUUCAGUGUGUGAAAAUGAUAUUUUGCUAUCUAGCCGUGAACAGUUUUCUUACAACUGGUUUUAAAGUAGGCAUAUAAUUAAAAAUGAUGUAUAAUGUGAUUUUUCUGCCCAUCUUGAAGUAAUCAAACGAGCUUUGAAUAAAACUUUAAUUAAUAUUGAUGAUUUUCUCACUGUAGGCUAUAACAUUGUGUAACGUUUAAAUUAUAAAGUUCCCACAUAGCUCUAUGUCCCCACAUUAGAGUUGAAUACGUUAAGACAAUUUAUUGACCGUCUUAUAAUAAAAUAAAAUAAAGUAAAGUAAAGCAUGUCUUAUUUCUCUAAGUUAGGGAUAAGAAAUCCUCGGCUGAGCAUGCGGACUGCUUGCAAGGACAAGAUCGCUCAGUAGUCACCCAACUAAGCAGCAGUCACGCCAACGUUGCUUGAAUCGGUUAUCUUGUGAUAACCGCCAUACCCACUACACUAUGAUGUCGGCCUGGAGUAAAGUAAUAUGCAUGAGAAAGAAACUAAACAAUAAAAUAUCUCACUUUGUAGUUGUAGAAACCAACUAACAGCAAACAGUAUUAACUUUGAGUACUCCAACACCAAAUACAACUAUUUCAUUGUUUUUUUUUUUUUUAGUUUUUUUUCAUUGUUGGUUUUAAUGGAAAUAAAAACCAAGUUAGUUACAAAGGUGAUAUACAAAGUGUGGAGUUGAAUGUUCUUCAUAAAAUAUUUAAAUUUAAAUCGUUAAUUUAUUUUUUAUAAAUUAUUUUGAUACUAAAUGUGAUUACCCCAAGAAAAACAAACAAAUGAAAUAUUGUGGAACAAUCAAAAUAGCCUCUCUCCUAUCAAUAAAACAGCUGAAAAUACUCCUUAGAACAACAUAUCAAAAUAUCAUUGGCAAAGGGUCUUUUGGUAUCCACACAUAGUAACAAUACGACUCAAUGGAGAACUGGUGAAUGUACACAGGAAAAGAUGCUGCAAGCAGAAAAUGUUCACAACAAGCACAGUGAUUUUGUUUAUUCAGGUGCUGCUAGCUACUAGUCAGCAUUGUACAAACUCACUAAACGUCGUUGAAUUGUAAAAACAUAACUGUCAAAAUACCCAAAGCCAUUGUUGUCUUGUGAAUGAACAAAUGAUCUAAUAGUCUAACAAUAUUAGAUAAUUAUCUAAUAAUAAAAAAAAAAAACAGUUUUUCACUCUUUUGCCUUAAACAUUCAAUAUGGCGAAUAAAAAUUUUGAACUAAUAGGGCUUAUUGCCCUUUUGAAUCGUCAUUCCAAAAUGACUGUAACUGUUAUCAGUACAGUCAGCUCAAAAUUGCUUGGCACACUUCGUGGUGAUAACUAAUAAACGAUUAUUAGUGUUGAUCUGAGCUUCAUACAGCAAAGUGGCAAUAGUGCAAGAAUUUCUAACGAAACUUAAAAUAUGUUAUUAAUAAGGGAAACAUGUAUUUAUGGGCGGGGGGGGGGGUUUACUCCCACGUGUGACUUUUCAAUGUGACGUUUUUUCUAAGAUCUAAACGUAUGGUUAAGAUAAGAGUAAAAUUUUUCAUACUCUUGUCAUAGUAUACCUUAGUAUUAUUUAGUUGUACUUGAAAAUUUUUACAAAUUAACUUUAAACAAUGAACAAUGUAAAUCUAUGUAAGUUUGAUUGAUAUGAUGGUUUGUUCUAAACAUUCAUCAUUUUCAUGUAGUAUUUUAGAUGUAAUCUAUUGUAAAUUAUUAAAGAGCCAUGUAAAUAUGUAAACAUAUUUAUUUUUAUGAAAGUCAGUACCCGUGAGGAUGUGAUGAAUGGGAUUUUCAAGGCCAGUACAGUUAAUCUAAUAUGUAUUGUAAAUAAAUGACAUUUAUUUUUGA